GAUCCCCUCUCCCUCCCCUCUCCCAGGCUCUCCCUCAGUCUCCAGCUCCUCUCUCCCUCUCCCUCUUCUCUCUCUGUCGGGCAGACUCGCCCACCACUGCCAACCCAGGGCUGGGGGGACCCUGCCCAGGCUGUGGCUGCAGGACCCCGCCACCCUCCAUGGCUCCCCUGGCCUUGGUGGGAUUUGCGCUCCUCCUGGGGGCUCCCCCCUGCUCGGGGGCAGCUACCCCGACCCCCUCUCUGCCACCUUCCCCCACCAAUGACAGCGACACCAGCACGGAGGUCUGCCAGGGUUCCAACCGCUGCCAGCCGGGGGUCCUGCUGCCCGUCUGGGAGCCCGACGACCCAUCGCUGGGCGACAAGGCGGCAAGGGCCGUGGUCUACUUUGUGGCCAUGGUCUACAUGUUCCUGGGCGUGUCCAUCAUCGCCGACCGCUUCAUGGCCUCCAUCGAGGUCAUCACGUCGAAGGAGAAGGAGAUCACCAUCACCAAGGCCAACGGCGAGACCAGCGUGGGCACCGUCCGCAUCUGGAACGAGACCGUGUCCAACCUCACGCUCAUGGCCCUGGGCUCCUCGGCGCCCGAGAUCCUGCUGUCGGUCAUCGAGGUCUGCGGCCACAACUUCCAGGCGGGCGAGCUGGGCCCGGGCACCAUCGUGGGCAGCGCGGCCUUCAACAUGUUUGUGGUCAUUGCCGUGUGCGUGUACGUCAUCCCGGCCGGCGAGAGCCGCAAGAUCAAGCACCUGAGAGUCUUCUUUGUCACGGCCUCCUGGAGUAUCUUCGCCUACGUCUGGCUGUACCUCAUCCUGGCCGUCUUUUCCCCGGGGGUGGUCCAGGUGUGGGAGGCGCUGCUGACCCUCAUCUUCUUCCCGGUGUGCGUGGUGUUCGCCUGGAUGGCGGACAAGCGGCUGCUCUUCUACAAGUACGUGUACAAGCGCUACCGCACCGACCCGCGCAGCGGCAUCAUCAUCGGCGCCGAGGGCGACCCCCCCAAGAGCAUCGAGCUGGACGGCACGUUCGUGGGCGCCGAGGGGCCGGGCGAGGCGGGCGGCCUGGGCCCGGGCCCCGCCGAGGCCCGCGAGCUGGACGCCAGCCGCCGCGAGGUCAUCCAGAUCCUCAAGGACCUGAAGCAGAAGCACCCGGACAAGGACCUGGACCAGCUGGUGGGCAUCGCCAACUACUACGCGCUGCUGCACCAGCAGAAGAGCCGCGCCUUCUACCGCAUCCAGGCCACGCGCAUGAUGACGGGCGCGGGCAACGUGCUGCGGCGCCACGCGGCGGACGCCUCGCGCCGGGCCGGCCCCGCCGACGGGCCCGCGGAGGAGGAGGACGACGGCGCCAGCCGCAUCUUCUUCGAGCCCAGCCUCUACCACUGCCUGGAGAACUGCGGCUCCGUGCUGCUGGCCGUCACCUGCCAGGGCGGCGAGGGCAACAGCACCUUCUACGUGGACUACCGCACGGAGGACGGCUCGGCCAAGGCGGGCUCCGACUACGAGUACAGCGAGGGCACGCUGGUGUUCAAGCCGGGCGAGACGCUGAAGGAGGUGCGCAUCGGCAUCAUCGAUGACGACAUCUUCGAGGAGGACGAGCACUUCUUCGUGCGGCUGCUGAACCUGCGCGUGGGCGACGCGCAGGGCAUGUUCGAGCCCGACGGCGGCGGGCGGCCCAAAGGGCGGCUGGUGGCGCCGCUGCUGGCCACCGUCACCAUCCUGGACGACGACCACGCGGGCAUCUUCUCCUUCCAGGACCGCCUGCUGCACGUGAGCGAGUGCAUGGGCACCGUGGACGUGCGCGUCGUGCGCAGCUCGGGCGCGCGCGGCACCGUGCGCCUCCCCUACCGCACGGUGGACGGCACGGCGCGCGGCGGCGGCGUGCACUACGAGGACGCGUGCGGGGAGCUCGAGUUCGGCGACGACGAGACCAUGAAAACUCUUCAGGUGAAGAUAGUGGAUGACGAGGAAUAUGAGAAAAAGGAUAACUUCUUCAUCGAGCUGGGCCAGCCGCAGUGGCUUAAGCGAGGGAUCUCAGCUCUGCUGCUCAAUCAAGGGGACGGGGACAGGAAGCUGACAGCGGAGGAGGAGGAGGCUCGGAGGAUAGCAGAGAUGGGCAAGCCGGUUCUUGGGGAAAACUGCCGGCUGGAGGUCAUCAUUGAAGAGUCGUAUGACUUUAAGAACACAGUGGAUAAACUCAUCAAGAAAACGAACUUGGCUUUGGUGAUUGGCACCCAUUCAUGGAGGGAGCAGUUUUUAGAGGCAAUUACGGUGAGCGCAGGGGACGAGGAGGAGGAGGAGGACGGGUCCCGGGAGGAGCGGCUGCCUUCGUGCUUUGACUACGUCAUGCACUUCCUGACGGUGUUCUGGAAGGUGCUGUUCGCCUGCGUGCCCCCCACGGAGUACUGCCACGGCUGGGCCUGCUUCGGCGUCUGCAUCCUGGUCAUCGGCCUGCUCACCGCCCUCAUCGGCGACCUUGCCUCCCACUUUGGCUGCACCGUGGGCCUCAAGGACUCCGUCAACGCUGUGGUCUUCGUGGCCCUGGGCACCUCCAUCCCCGACACCUUCGCCAGCAAGGUGGCGGCGCUGCAGGACCAAUGCGCGGACGCGUCCAUCGGCAACGUGACCGGCUCCAACGCGGUGAACGUGUUCCUGGGCCUGGGCGUGGCCUGGUCGGUGGCCGCCGUGUACUGGGCGGUGCAGGGCCGCCCCUUCGAGGUGCGCACGGGCACGCUGGCCUUCUCCGUCACGCUCUUCACCGUCUUCGCCUUCGUGGGCAUCGCCGUGCUGCUGUACCGGCGCCGGCCGCACAUCGGCGGCGAGCUGGGCGGCCCGCGCGGCCCCAAGAUCGCCACCACCGCGCUCUUCCUCGGCCUCUGGUUCCUCUACAUCCUCUUCGCCAGCCUCGAGGCUUACUGCCACAUUCGGGGCUUCUAGCGCCCCCAGACUCGGCUCCCCCCGAGGCGGCCACACGCGCGCUCCCCGGCCCGGACUCAGCCUCCCUGCCUCCUGGGAAUCCGCCUCCCCAGCCCACGGCCCCACCGACAGCCCCUCCCUUCCCCUCGCGAGCCUCCCAGGCCCUCCUCCUAUCCGGUACCCCCUCCAGCCCGUCCACACCCCUGGGGGGGGGGGCGCCUCGAGGCCCCGCCCUCAGGGACCCUCCCCAGACACCCAGCCCUGGCUCCUCCCAGGACCCCCCCCAGGGGAAGGGCCUCGGAACUUCGCCCUCCCUGGGGCCCUUGAAGGAGGCGGGUCCACCCCAGGAGAUCCAGGAUCUCAGCCAUUUCCCCCACCUCAGGGAGCGCCAUUCAGCCCCAGGGCGGGGGUGGGGGGGUGGGGGGGGCUUGCAUAGGGAGCCACACCUCCCUGGCUUCUCCGCUCAGGCCCUUGGGAGCGCGCUCUUUCUCGAGGCUUGGAGAAGGGAGGGGAGCAGUCGGGGUUCAGAGCUGGAGGGGGCGCCUGUGGGACCUGCCGUCUCUCACCUUCCAGCGCCCCGCUCUCGUCCACUACCUCCGAGAGCCCAGCCGCGCCCCGGACGGGGCCUGUGUGUACAUAGUGUGUUGGGGAAGGGGUCGCGGGAGGGUGCAUGUCUUGGGGAAAGGGGGUGGCCGACUUCCCUUUGGAGAGGGCAGAGACUCCCCCAGCCAUGACAACCGACUUUGGGGAGGAGGCCGGGAAUCAAAGGGAGUCCAGCCAUUCCCCCCGACAAUCCAGACGGCUCAUCGUGCCCUCAGUGCCAGCCAACCCGGGCAGGACCCUCGAAGAGGAGACUGAGGGUCCCAGAGGACCUACAAGCCAGCACAUGCUGCCACAUCUCUGCCUGAUGGGGACCGAGGGCGGGGGGGGGGGGGAGGGCGGGGCCUGGGCUAUGUGGGGGGGGGGGCAUUUUUAACUUUGGGGGCCACCCAUCUGCUGGUAGGCCACCUGCGUUUUCUUACUGUUGAUGUUCCCCCGCGCAAAGGACAUACCUGGAGCGUGGGGAGUGCGGCCCGCUUCUUGGGGCCCCGAGGAUGACCCCGCAGCCCCCGUCACCCCCCCCCCUUCCCACGGGUUUUUAGCGUCCGG